AUGGCGGUGGACAUCAGGUUGGCGAGCGCACGUGUGGCGGCUCAGGACGAAGUUCCCGAGGAACCGGCAAAUCUGGUGUCUCCUGGAGACGUAAUCACCACAGAUACCGGUUUCAUGCGUGGACAUGGCACGUACAUGGAAGGAGACAAAUUGAGUGCAUCAGUUGCGGGCUUAGUGGAGAGAGUAAAUAAACUCAUCUGUGUCAAACCUCUCAAAACUAGGUAUAAUGGUGAAGUUGGAGAUGUUAUUAUUGGCCGAAUCAUAGAAGUAGGUCAGCGCCGCUGGAAAGUGGAGACACAUUCUAAACUGGAUUCCGUUCUGCUCUUGUCGUCAGUGAAUCUGCCAGGAGGUGAGCUGAGACGGAGAUCUGAAGAGGAUGAAAAGAUGAUGAGGCAGUACCUAAAAGAGGGAGAUCUUAUAAGUGCUGAGGUUCACUCGGUCUACGCAGAUGGAAGUCUCUCUCUGCACACCAGGAGUCUUAAGUAUGGUAAGUUAAGUCAAGGAAGCCUGGUGCAAGUCUCCCCAUCUUUGGUCAAGAAACGUAAAACUCAUUUUCACAAUCUGCCAUGUGGAGCCAGCCUCAUUCUGGGUAACAACGGCUACAUCUGGAUCAGUCCUACGCUGAACGAAGAGAUGGACGACACUGGAGGAUAUGAGCAGAAUUUUGAGCCCAUUCCAAGAUCAGACAGGGAAGUUAUAGCUCGGAUGCGAAACUGCGUCUUAGCUCUGGCAGACAGUAAGAUGAUGCUAUUUGACAGUAGUAUACUCUACACGUAUGAGGCCUCACUCAAGCACCCAGUAAAAGACCUUCUAAAGCCAGAGAUUGCCACAGAAGUCGUUAACCAUGCUGUUCAUCGCCUAGAGACAAUGUAAUCCUGGAGACCAUGUUAUCCUGGAGGUCGUUAACAUGGCUGUUAUCGCCUGGAGAACAAUCCUGGAGGUUGUUAAUAUCACUGUUCAUCGCCUGGAGACCAUGUAAUCCUGUAGACCAUGUAAUCCUGGAGGUGGUUAACAUGGCUGUUCAUCACCUGGAGACCAUGUAAUCCUGGCGGUAGUUAACAUGACAGUUCAUCGCCUGAAGACCAUGUAAUCCAGGAGACCAUGUAAUCCUGGAGGUGGUUAACAUCACUGUUCAUCGCCUGGAGACCAUGUUAUCCAGGAGACCAUGUAAUCCUGGAGGUGGUUAACUGUAGUUCAUCACCUGGGAACGAUGCAGUUCUGAAGGUGGUUACUGUGGUUACUUUCAUGUCUUCUGAUAAAGACAGCACCACCCAGAGAAGUGCAGAUUGAAGCAGAUGAAUAACGCUUUCUCCCUUUGAUACCAUUUGCGUCAACCAGUAGUGGAGAAAGGGAGAUAAUAGCCACAUGGCUAACAGCCAAAGACAAGCAGGAUUAUCUGCCCUUUAUCAUUGUAUGAUAAAUGAGAGCAAAUUUUAUUGUUGGCAGAAUUGUAGGAUGCAGCAAAAUCCAGAUGGUUCUUAUGUACAGAUUUUGGAUACUGUCAGUGUCUGUAGGAAUAUACACAGUGUUAUCGAGGGUUUAAGGAAUCUACCUUCCAAGCAGACUACAUCAGGGUGUACAUUGGAACAGCCAGUGAUUUCUUUUGAGUAUUAAGGGGAUCCAGGAUAUGUUACCAUCUUAUCUCUGUGAGGCUCAAGUGACUUUUGCCUUAUUAACAUGCUUGGUUCUUUAGCCAUUGUCUGUUGAAAACACUAGUGCUUGUAAUGGUCCUCUCAACCAGUAGAUGGCUGAAAGAAAAUUCUAAAGAAAAUAAAAUGAGUGAAUUUAACGGGGUCAUCUCCUAUGUUUCCAGGGAAAGAAUCAACUUUGAGUUGUACAGAGGUCAAAAGCUGAUGGUUAAAGUCAGAUAAGAUGCCCCUGUGUUGAAUAUGCUUGAUUCCUUGGGAAGUACUGUGAAAUAAGUGACUAACUGAAGGGGUGAACGGAUGGCUUGAGAGUGCAGAAAAGCUUCAAGUAGCCUGAUUAUGUGUCUUUGAUAAUGGAGCUCUAUGAGUUGAUGGUUAUAUUACUGUAAAAAAUUCAUCAAAGUUUUUGUACAUUUGCAAUAAAGAUGUCUAUUCAGGCAUAUUAU